AAGGAGAAGAAGAAGAAGAAGGAGGAGACGCACGUGUGAGUGUGUGACAUUCCUUUCAUUCCUCAACAGUCUGAUGUUUGUUGUGAUUAAGGAGUAUUUUCACUUUGUGUUGUGUUUUAUACUUCCUGUCUGGAAGCCCUGCCCCCGCCCCCUCCCACAGAGUCUAUAAAUGGAGCGCUCCUCGCUCCUCUCACUCCGAGCUUCACACUGACCGACUCCUCUUCUUCUUCUGCGUCUUAAUGAUGGCGGCUAUCGCUCUGCUGCUGCUGCUGCUGCUCGGCGGCACGAGCAUGCUGCGCCCUGCUCUCAGUCUCACAGCGCGGCAUCAGAGCCUGAGGGUCCGGAUCAACGCGACGGGCGACACCAUCGUGAUGAAGUUUGUGCGUCCGAGUGCAGACGUGAAGCUGGAAGGUUAUAUUCUUGGCUACGGCCGCAACAUGUUCUCCAAACAGUUCAUCCAGCUGCCCGAGAACGGAGAGCCGUACGAAGCCGAGAUGGAUGCAGAGUCAAAGUACCUGGUGGCCGUCCAGCCAAUCCCAGCCAAUGACGUGAAGAAGCACUGCACAGGACAGGUGAACCUGGAGAAGCCGCUCCACCUGGUGAUCGGCUCCGUCAGACCGACGGCGGUGCUGCUGUCCUGGAGGAAUGACCUGAAGACGCUGUACGAGGGGAACAUCAUGAACGAGUGUCUGGAGGACGGGUUCUACACCAUCCGCUACCGGGAGAGGAACAGGAAGUGGAUCUAUCAGACGUGCCCGACCAGCGACACAGUGGUCGACAACCUAAAGCCCAACACGCCGUACGAGUUUGGCGUCCGGUCCAACAAAGAAGACCGCAGCGGGAUGUGGAGCAAACCGAUGAUCCACAACACCAACAUGGGCAAUAGAAACGCACAGAAAGCGUACAAACUGCGUAAUCCUCUGGCCAAGCCGCUGAAACCUCACGCUCUCUUCCCUCCUCGUCCCGCUCUACACAACAGGACUCGACUCAAAAACUCAGCUUUCCCCGGCGCUCCUCGCACUUCCUUUGUGCUGCCGGAGAGCCGCCAGGAGACUUUAGCUCCGGCCGGCUCCGCGGAGCCUAACUGGCCCCGUUUGUCACUCGCUUUUGACCAAUCACAGGCCGGAUCCUCGCUGCUGAGAUCCGCUCUGGCCAAUGAGAGAGCCAAAACUAAAAAUUGGGGCUCGUCCGUCCCGAUCAACAAGAAAACCAACCAGGUGGGGAAACCUGGAGGAGCAGACAAGUUGAACAACUUUAAGCUGACGGACAAGUUGCCGAUCCUGAAACUUAAAGUCCCGCCAGCGACUGCCAAGCCGACCAAACCGGAGUGGAAACAGAGCACAACGGGCGCGCCGACCACGUCCGCCGGCCGACAGGAAACCUGGGAGGACUCGGAGCUGUUUCAACCUCAGCCGGCCUCCGACCUCGACGCCCUGGGGAAGAAACGCUACGUCGCGCCACAUGUGGUCUACCAGACAGGGAAGAAGCCAGAGGAGCCGUGCUCCAUCACCUCCUCCCUCAACUUCUUCCCCGUAGACGAACCUGGCGACGCGAACGUGACGGCCCCCCCGAGGUCUCCGCCUUCCAACCUUACCGUGGUAACGGUGGAGGGAUGCCCGUCUUUCGUCAUCCUGGACUGGGAGAAGACCGACAACGACACCACGGAGUAUGAAGUCAUCUCCACCGCCAAAGGACCCGAUGGUGAGCAGGUCUCCAUCCUGACCACCAACCAGACCCACACCACCAUAGAGAACCUCAAGCCUGAGAGCAGAUACGAGUUUAAGGUGAAGCCGAAGAACGAGCUCGGUGCCGGUCCUCCCAGUGAACCCGUGUCCUUCAACACUGAGUCGGCCGACCCUCGAGUGAGCGAGAACGUCUCAGGGAAAGAUGCAAUCUGGACUCAGUUCCCCUUCAAGACGGACUCGUACUCCGACUGUCAUGGGAAACAAUACGUGAAGAGGACGUGGUACCGCAAGUUCGUCGGGGUCCAGCUGUGCAACUCGCUCAGGUACAAGAUCUACCUGAGCGACUCGCUCAAUGGUAAAUUUUACAACAUCGGGGAUCAGACUGGCUUCGGGGAGGAUCACUGUCAGUUCGUAGAUUCUUUCCUGGAUGGAAGAACGGGCCGGCAGCUGCGAGCGGACCAGCUCCUCUCCAGAUCUGGUUUCUACCGAGCUGUGCGUCAGGAGCCCGUGCACUUCGGACAGAUUGGCGGACACUCCCACGUUAACUACGUCUCAUGGUACGAAUGCGGGACGCCGAUCCCCGGGAAAUGGUGAACAGACCCAAGUUUGUCGCAGAAGAAGAGCGGCGCCGGGUUCUUCCCCACCGGAGCUGCAGAAACACUACAGGAUGUCAGGGAAACUGUACCGAGAGGCCAUCUUUGAAUAUAUCAAACCUGAGGAGGAUACUCUGCAGAUAUAUUUUAUUUUGUGUAAAUGAAUGGGAAGCUGGCUCCCUGGAAUACUAUUUUCAUAACUUAUUUAUCAAAAGUUUUUUUUCUCGCAGAUUUUCGACUUUAAUCUCUGAGAUUCUGAGAUUUUUCUCUGAAUAUUAUCGUCUUCCUACGUAAGUAUUUUGUCGUACAUUAGCCUAGCCGCUGACAACAAAGUGUAAAAAAGUACAUUUCUUAGAUUCAGACUGAAAACGCUCCAAGCUAACGUUAGCUUUAGCAGGAGAUACUUUGUUAUUCUCUGCACAAUGUUUAAUGUGUAACUUUACAUUAGUGUAACAAUCGUGUCCGGAGGCUUCUGCAGUUUGCACAUCAGAAAUGUUUUUAUACUUUGUGUUUAUGGAUAGAACGUUUUAAUUUCUGCAGAUGUAUCUCCACUUUCUUCUUCUACUGAACUAUAAUGUUCCUCUUCCUGUUGCCUCACGCUAAAGCAGCGGGAAGCUAACGGUGGCUAGGACUUUAAACAUCUUUUAAACUUUCUCUAUUUUAUCGACCAAACCUAGAAAUUACAUUACAGGUAAUUUAGCAGACGCUCUUAUCCAGACUCUCAGUUAACUCACUACGGGGACAGACCUGCAGCAGCUCAGGGUGAAGGUAGUCAGGGACUCAAUGGUGCAGCUCUGGUGUUGAACUCACAACCUUCUGGUGUUCUGUGUGGAAGCCAAACCACUAGGCUAUCACCACCCUGAAAUAAGUUCCAAAGCUGGUGGAGCGGUGUAAUAUACAAAUGUCUGAUUUUCCCUGAGAUAAAAGUCGUAAAUUUAGGAUAUAUAAAUUUUCUCCUGUUUUUUCUCACUUUAAAUUCGGAGAAUAUCCAAGUUUUUUCUUUUAAAUUAACAAUUUAAAUAUUCCCUGGCUCCACUUAAAAAAAAAAGAAAGUUUUACUUACAAUGGCCGCUGUCGUACAAAUCGAAUUUAUGGAAGAAGAAAACAAUGUACAUUGUUUAUAUAUUUCCCGCACAACUAAAGCUGCGUUAGCACGGACUAAUGGUUUGUUGGUUCCAUUGCUAUCUGGCUAACUAGCCGCCAAACUAUGUUACACAAAAUUGAUCACGCUGCAACUUUACGGUAGAAAACAGUACACCAUAAAGUUUUUUAAAUUAUAAAGUAUUCUGUGUUUCCAGGAUGGAAAGCGAGCUAUGUGGUACAAUGGCUCAUAAUAUGUAAAAUAUCUUAAUAUUAUCAAAAUUAUUCUUAUUUGAGGGCUGGGAGCAUAAUUGUUGCAUUUUAAAGCAUGUUAGCGAGGAAUUUUUGAAAAUACAAAUUAAUUAAAUGUUAGGAAAUGCACUGAUUAGAGCUACAAGCUAAUUGUGCUUUAUUGUCUAUGGUUGCCGUUAAUUUCCCGUCCUGCCACAGCAGAAAGGUUUUAUUGUGGCGGGGCAUCUUGUGUUUGCUGAACAUAACGCAGUGAACUGUGCCUUUAACUUUCCGUUAUUAUAAAACAGAACAGUGCUCUGUAAAGAUUGUAUGUUACCGUGAUGCUGUUGAUGUUUUUAUACAUUUUGAUUUUCAACAAUAAAGUGAUCCGUUUAAA